AUGCACUUCUUUGCCUAUGCUGUAACCAGCCUUCUCGCUUACGCCACUUCCGCAUCGGCAACCUUUGCGCAGGUCAACAACAACUGCCCUGUCCCCGUUUGGAUCACCAUCACAAACGCCACACAACAGCCCAGCCAGUAUGCCAUCCCCAUCGACGGAGAAUACAUACAGGGACGAAGCGGUGUCGGCGUUGCCUUCGGAUUGAGCAAGACAUCGGCAUACUUCUCUCCUAAUACUCCAAAGUUUACCCUCGGGUUCACCGACUCUCCUUCAGACUCUCUUCUCUACUGGUCUGUCAUCAAUGCUGAUGGUGAUCCUUUCGCUGGCGAGCCUUGGCGCGUCUCGCUGUCUGAUCCUAGCUGUGCUCCUCUGACUGCCUAUGAUGGGGGCAUGGUCCACGCUUGUAGCAUCUUGGCCAACCUUACCGUCACUCUGUGCUAG